AUGGGGAAAUCUGUACUCAUCACUGGCUGCUCAGAGGCCACCAUUGGCAAUGCUCUAGCACUGGAGUUUGCUAGGCGAGGAUGGACCGUUUUUGCAACAGCUCGGAACACUGCCAAGAUGGCCAAUCUGGCCGGGAACCCCAACAUCAAGCUUCUUGCGCUUGACAUCAAAGACGCCAAGAGUGUCUUUGCGGCACGCGAACAAAUCUCCAUCGACCAAGGAGGCAAACUGGACUGCCUAUAUCACAACGCCGGCGUGCGUUCUGUCAGCAUGGCUAUUGAAUACGACGCAGAGGAACAGAAAGCCAUUGAGGCUGGUGGAGAGGAGCCAUACAUUCGUAGCGACGACGUUUGGAUGUUCGAAGGAAAUGUGAUUGCUGUAAUGGCACUUACCCGAGCCUUUUCAAAGCUUCUCAUUGCAGCCAAAGGCACUGUUGCCAUCACUGGCAGCGGCUCCAGUCGGGUCCAUGUGCCCACAAGCGCGACUUACAAUGCGACCAAGGCCGCCGUUGAGAUGUACGCCAAAACUUUGCGACUUGAAUUGCAGCCCUUUGGAUGUCACGUCGUGUACGUAAUGACCGGCGCUGUGGCAACUCCAAUGUUCUACGAGCAGGACAUGGCUUUCAAGAGCGAUUCGCCAUAUGAACCGAUUGUCGACAAGAUCAAAGCUGGAUGGGAUCGCGCGCCUGGAUACACGCCAUCACCGCCAGAUGAAUAUGCUCGAGGUGUUGUUCAAGAAGUGACGAAACCGAGUCCGCCGAAAGAAGUCUGGUGCGGAAAAGGGGUUGCCUCGUUGUGGUGGGUCGAGAAGCUCGGACUAACCUGGCUACUUGAUGGCACGUUCUCUCGGCGUUACAUAUUGAACAGUGUGAUCGCAUAG